CCUCUUCCGGCUUCCUCAGAGCUGGGCAGAGGAACCAGAGGGGAAAAUACACCUUCCCGGGCACAGCCACAACAUCCACCUCACUCGACUACUUGUCAGCUUCAGGAACAACACAAAGGGGGCUCAGAGAAUCAAGAAGGAAUGUCGAGUGAUGAUAAAAAUAAACCUGGUGAACCCAAGAAUGAGCCCAAGCAAUGUGAGCCCGGGUGUGAACAGAAGUGUGAAACAAAAUGCCAGCCCAGCUGUUUAAAGAGGCUGCUGCAGCGGUGCUCUGAAAAGUGCCAGCCACCAAAGUGCCCACCACCAAAGUGUCCCCCGUGUCCCCCAUCGUGCCCCCCACCAUGCCCCCCACCCCCAAAGUGCCCUCCACCAUGCCCCCCGCCCUGCCCUCCUAAGCCAUGUGUCAAGUCCUGUCCUCCUAAAUGCCCACCGCCCUGCCCACCCCCAGAGUGAGGCACCAAGGACGCCACCCAGCCCACUACCUCCACCAUCUCAUCAUGUCCACCACUGAGGGGCUGAGAGCUGAAGCCAUGAACUGACAAGUAAACGAGUUCCUCUGCUGUGCAA